AUGGGCAACCUGACGGCCAAGGACACGCCGGACACGCAGACGGGGAUGACGAAGCGCGAAGUAAAGUUGGUGCGCCAAACCUGGGACACAUUUUGCCACAAGCACCCGGACUUCGGCAGCUUCGUGCUGCUCGCCAUGUUCACCAAGCACCCGCACAGCCAGGAGGUGUUCCCCAAAUUCAAAGGUUGCGAAGUGCGUGUGCUUCGAGGCGACACCAAGUUCCAGACGUUUGGCAAAUCAGUCGGAGACCACCUGGCUGCCAUCGUCAACUCGGUGGACAACUAUGAAGCCCUCGUCUCGAUGACGCGCCAAAAUGCGAAAGAUCACGCCAAGCACGAAGGAGUCGAGGCGAAUCACUUCGAGCUCUUCUUCUCGGUCCUGUUGACCCAGAUGGUCGAGAGCAACAAAUCGGCCAUGACUACCGCAGCCGUUGGCGCCUGGGAGAAAGUGUUUCAAACAUUGAAAACAGUCACAAGGCAGGCAUUCGACGAGGCUGCCGAGGACGCUAAGCACUCAAAACAGGACCAAAGUACCAAGUCGUCGCAACGUCAUCACAAGCGGCAUUCGUCGUCCGCUAAAGCCGGUGCACCAAAAAGUCUCCUCCCCGGAGAGCCCAGAGUCUCCCAGUAG